AUGGUGCUGAUCAAGCAUCCCUUACCUGCACUUAACUCCACCCCUUCAUUCAAUAUAUCAUCAUCACUCGCUCUGAUUUCACAAUCUUACUAUCUCAUCCCCAUGGCUCCACCCCCUACGGCUUCCAUUUCCUCGUCGGAACCUCCCAACCUUCACGCCUCCGACAUCGGCAGCAUCAAAUCCUUCGCCGAAUCCAAUGGUGUCUCCCCCAUCCGUUUCUCCUAUUACUCUAUCGCUGAACCCCAAGACGACGUCGCCGACCACCUCGCUUCCUCCAUCCCCAUCGUCGAUUUCUCUCUCCUUAAUUCCCACGAUCCUCAGCUUCACGCCGACGCCGUAUUUCGGCUAGGCAAGGCCUGCGCUGAGUGGGGCUUUUUCAUGCUCACGAAUCAUGGGAUCUCGGAGAAGCUGAUGGAGGAGGUGACGAGCAAGGCCCACGAAUUCCAUAACUUUCCGGUAGAGGAAAAGAAGGAAUUCGUGGACAAGGGUCCCUUGGCACCCACCCGACACGGCACCAGCUUUUUCCCUGAAGCAGAGAAGGUUCAUCACUGGAGGGAUUACCUCAAAGUGAUCACACUCCCGGAAUUCAAUUUUUCUCACAAACCUCCUAGUUUCAAGGAGGUGGGUUAUGAUUAUAGCAGGAAAAUCAGGGCGGUGGCGAGGACUUUGCUGCAAGGGAUAUCGGAGAGCCUGGGAUUAGAGACCCCGGCCAUUGUGGAGGCCACUGGUUUUGAUUCUGGUUUACAGAUUUUCACCGUCAACCUGUACCCUCUUUGCCCUCAGCCAGAGCUUGCCCUGGGUAUGCCUCCUCACUCCGAUCAUGGCCUCCUCACCCUCCUCUGCCAGAACGGAAUCGGAGGCGUUCAGAUCAAGCACGACUGGGUCAACGUUGAUCCUCUUCCCAACUGCCUCAUUGUCAACGCUGCAGAUCAACUUGAGGCGGUGAGCAACGGAAAGUAUAAGAGCAUCUUGCACCGGGCGGUAUUGAACAACAAAGACACAAGGAUAAGUCUAGGGCUGGCGAACGGAUCAGAGCUGGAGAAGGAGAUAGGGCCGGCGCCGGAGCUGCUGGAGGAAGAGGGGCCAUUGUUCAAGAACAUAAAGUACAAGGACUACUUCCAGGUUCAGCAGCAGAGCAGUCUGGCCGACAAAAGUGGAUUGGACGAAAUUCGAGUUAAUCAUCAAAACUGAUACAUGCCAAUAUGCCGUCAUCACUACCAAUUGAUCGUUCGGAUAAGCGGAUUGGAUGCAUGUGAGCGGGUUUUAGUACCCUUUGUACGGGCCACUUCUCGUUACUGGUUCAAUACUCAAUAAUGCUUGAGAAUAGUCACAACAGAUCUUA